ACAAUAACAAUACGUUAUGGAAGAAGAAUCUUCAUUUCUUUUCUUUUUAUCAAGAAUUUCCCCUUUGAAUUUGAAUAUUCUCCGACAUUAUAAUCAAAACAUUAAUCCAUCCAAAAUGUUCUUUACCAUUAUCAUAAUCUUUCUCUUGUCUUCAAUCUUCCGUUUCUUGCGUCGUCAUGGUCUGAGUUGCCUGAACCCAAGAAAGUUUAUUGCCAGCAAAAAGUUAAACUAUUAUAUUGAUUAUUUUACCAUGCAACUUGGUGGCUGGCUAUGCAAAAGCUUUUUCAGAUUGGAGAUGGCAAUUGGAGCAUGCCAUGGUGUUUCUCCUUUCUCUUUCCGCAGGAAGAAGUUUUCUGCAUUAAUGGAGGAAAAAGAAACGUUGGAAGAGGAAAGUGAGAUGAAUAUUGAACCAAAUAGUAGUAGUGAGGAAAUAGAUAGUGCAGCAAAUAUUAUAAAAGAAACGAAAGGUACCACUGAGCGCAAGCCGUGUGGGUUGGCAAGCAACUUCAUGGUCAUGACAGAACUUAGGAACAAGACGCUCACCUUGAGGGACCUGCUCGAUUUGUCUCCCUGCAUUGGCUCUGCAUCUGUAAAUGAGCUGUUGGUAUUGACUCUGAAGGAUCUGCACGCGCUCUAUCCUUCCCUCGAGCAGAUUGAUGUGUCUGAAAUAGGAGCAAGCAUGGAUCAGCUACUGAAUUCCUUCUGCAGUGCUCUAGAAUCAAUUGGUGAAAUGUGGACUGGAAAUGACGAAUGGAUGAUCAAAUGCGAAGAUGAUUUGUUCAACUUUGAAUCCAACAAUUUUGAGCACUAUGCACUGGCAAUGCUGGAAGACAUGAUUCAGCUAACAAGUAAAAGGAUGUUUGAAGAUGAGCAGAUGGUUGAUAGUCCAAAUGCAUUUGGCAGGCUUUGGUCUGAGCCUUGCUCUCCAGUAACCCCAACUUCUGUCCUUUCUGGAUUCUGCAAUGUUCCAAAAAGGAGUAAAAGGGAUUGUUUUUCUACACCAGUUAAAUUACCACUCAAAGUAGGACCAGUUGGAAAACUUAACCCUGUUGAUGUCCGGCACGUCUCAUUACAUAUGUUCUCUCAUGUAAUGGUUCAAGAUCCUAAUUAUAUGGUUCAGGUAACAAAUACAGUCAGCCCAUUGAGGGAACAACAGCCGGGGACUGAAGAAAAGCAUGAGUCUCAAGUAAACAUAGCAGAUGGCAGAUGUGAGGUGAAAGAAGGCCAUGUGGUAGACUCACCUAAGGUUCUAAUUGCUAAAUUGGAAGAGAGUAAAGAAGAUGAUAAUAGAGAUUGGAUUGAUGGUUCAAUUAUUCAAUUGGUGCCAGCUUGUAUCACCAUGGAUAUGCUUUUACAAACAUCUUCUCUCACAAAGCUGCAACCUGAUGCAGCAAAACAGGAACUGCCAUUUGCAUUAUCGUCGGAUGGGGUAGAACUGCGAAUAUCAACACCAUCACAACCAUUAACAUCACCCCCAAAAUUGCAAUCAAAUCUUAAACCAGGAAUAGCAGCAUCACCUCCACCCCCACCCCUACCAUCAAUGGCACCGAAAUUUUUUGUGUUGCUUCCUCCUCCUCCCCCUCCACCUGAUCCAUCAACAGAGCCAAGGGACAGUGUUGUGCAGCUACUUCCUCGUCUACCACCACCCCAACCAUCGAUAUCACCAAGAGACAGUGUUGUGCAGCUUCAGCCUCCUCCUCCCCCAUCCCAACCAUCAAUGACACCAAAAAUUUUUGUGCUGCUUCCUCCUCCUCCCCCUCCACCCGAUCCAUCAACAGAGCCAAGGGACAGUGUUGUGCAGCUUCUUCCUCCUCCACCACCACCCCAACCAUCAAUAUCACCAAGAGACAAUGUUGUGCAGCUUCAACCUCCUCCUCCCCCACCCCUACCAUCAAUGCCACCGAAAUUUUUUGUGUUGCUUCCUCCUCCUCCCCCUCCACCUGAUCCAUCAACUGAGCCAAGAGACAGUGUUGUGCAGCUUCUUCCUUCUCCACCACCACCCCAACCAUCAAUAUCACCAAGAGAAAGUGUUGUGCAGCUUCAGCCUCCUCCCCCAUCACCCCAACCAUCAAUAGCACCAAGAGACAGUCCUGUGCAGAUUCAUCCUCCUCCAGCUCCACCCCAACCAUCAAUAGAACCAAGAGACAGUGUUGUGCAGCUUCCUCUUCCUCCUCCUCCUCCCCCUCCCCCUCCACCCCAACCAUCAAUAGAACCAAGAGACGGCAUUAUGCAGAUUUCUCAUCUUCCUCCCUUUCCACCCCAACCAUCAAUAGAACCAAGAGAUAGUGUUGUGCAGAUUCCUCUUCCCACUCCACCCCAACCAUCAAUAGGACCAAAAGACAGUGUUCUGCAACUUCCCCCUCCUCCACCUCCACCCCCUCCCCAACCAUCAACAGCACCAAGACACAGUGAUGUGUUGCUUCAUCCUCCCCCACCAUACCCAACCCAACCAAUAAUAGCACCAAGUCAUAAUGUUGCUUUGCUUCCCCUGCCCCCCACUCCACCACCAGCACUCCAACCAUUAUUAGAGUCAAAAGACAAUCUUGUGCUUCCAUCUUCCCCUCCACCUCCUCCAUUGACAUUGGAAAAUAUAGCAAGUUCACCCCCACCUCCACCUCCUACUUCAAAUGGAACAGCACCACCUCCACCUCCACCCAUGUCUUCAAAUGGAACAGCACCAGUACCGCCUCCACCCAUGUCAAUAGGAAAAGGAGUUGCAUGUCCACCACCUCCAGCAUUGGCUGGUGGCAUAAAUCUACGCACCAAGAAAACUUCUAAGUUGAAGCGAUCUUCACAUAUAGGUAAUCUUUACCGGCUUCUCAAGGUAAAAGUGGAAGGAUCAAGUUUAAAUGGUAAAUCAGCGAGAAAGGGAAAAGUUGGUGCUGCUUCAUCAGGAGGUAAGCAAGGAAUGGCUGAUGCACUAGCAGAGAUGACAAAAAGGUCAACCUAUUUCCUACAAAUUGAAGAGGAUGUUAAAAAUCAUGCAAGUGCAAUCAAGGAGAUGAAAACAGCAAUUGCUACUUUCCAAACAUCAGACAUGUCUGAGCUCAUUAAGUUCCAUAAACAUGUGGAAUCACAUCUUGAAAAACUAAGUGAUGAAUCUCAGGUGUUGGCAAGAUUUGAAGACUUUCCAUCAAAAAAGUUGGAAGCAUUGAGGAUGGCAGCAACACUCUAUUCCAAGUUAGAUGAUAUAGCUUCUACUUUAAAGAAUUGGCCAAUAGCAUCGCCUUUUGGCCAGCUUAUUGACAAAGCUGAGUGUUAUAUCAGCAAGAUCAAAGGAGAUUUGGAGAAGAUAGAACAGACUAAAGAUGACGAGGCAAAGAAAUUCGCGAGUCACAAAAUUACUUUUGAUUUUUCCAUCCUUGUACGCAUCAAAGAGUUGAUGGUGGAUGUGUCCUCAAACUGUAUGGAGUUGGCACUUAAGGAGUGGAGAGAUGCAAAGACAAGAGAGAAAGAACCAGGCGGACAGUCAAACAAUAAUGAGCGCAAAAAGGGAUCUGCUGGUAAAAUGCUUUGGAAGGCCUUCCAAUUUGCAUACAGAGUUUACACCUUUGCUGGGGGACUAGAUGACCGCGCUGACAGGUUGACAAAAGAACUCGCUCAUGAGAUAGAGACAGAGCCUAAUCCUUGAACAUAAUGUCUUAAUCUUGCAAGUGCUUCUCAAGGUUGUGAUAGUACAUACAUGUACUAUGAGUCAAUUAUCACACACUGUAUACCAUGUAUAUUGUUCACGAAAACACACGGGGCAACUAAGGAAAACUCUAGCUUUGGAGUUAUCAGUCACAGUCUCAUUUCAUCAAUAACUCAGCUAGUCCUAUUGAGUUUCUAAAA